AUGUUUAAUAAAUAUUGUUACGAGAAAUAUGGUGACAUAUAUGAGACUAAUAAUAUUUUACGAAGUAUAGUUUUAUGUCGACCGGAAUAUCUUGAAAAUUUUUUAUCAAAUACGCAUUGGAUGAGAUCGCCAAAUCACAAAGGAUUAAAAGAAUUGGGAAUUGAAGGAAAAGGAAUAACGUACAAUAAUAAUUUUAGGUCGUGGACAUUUAAUCGUAAUUUUUUUAAUAAAGCUAUUUUGUCACCGAAAUUUACUAAUGAAGUUAUUGAUUGGACAAAUGAACUUUUCAAUGAAUUAGAAAGUUAUUGGGAUAAGUUAUUUCUUAGAGAAGAGAUUAUUAAAGAAAAUAAAAAUAAAUUAGAUUUUAUUGAUUGGUUUAAUCAUUAUAAAAAUGAUAUGAUUAUUAAAUUAUUAACUGGGGAAAGAACUUAUUCAAUGGCAAAUUAUUUUAAUACUCUUAGUGAUGAAAAAUCUGGUCAUCAAUCAGAGAGAGUCGAAGAUUCUGAGAAACUAUUUCAAGCAAUUCGUAAAUUUCAUACGGGACAUUGUUUCUUUUUCAUAAUUUAUCCUUUUGUACGACGUUAUGUUCCGUUUUUUAAAAAUAUAGCAGAUAAUUUACUUCAAAGCAUAGAGUUUACCAAUCAAAAACUGGAUGAAAUUAUUAAGAGACGUAGACAACAAAUUGAAGUUACACCAUUGGAUAAACUCUUACCUCAUGAUAUGUUGACAUCGAUGAUCAUCAAGAAUACAUUUCGUGAUGGUGAUUAUGUCGAAACUGAUGAAGCCAAUAGAUCUAUGACUGAUAGUGAAAUUCGUGUCAAUUUAUUCGAUGGAAUUUCCAAUGGAUCUUACAAAUCUGCAAAUAUGCUUUCAUUCAUUAUUUAUUAUAUUGCACAUCAUCCAAAUGUGAAAAAGAAAAUGUUAGAAGAAAUUGAUAGUAUAUUCCAAGAUGAUAAAAUGCGAACAAUUAAUAAAGAUGAUUUUUAUAAUCUAAAAUACUGUGAAGCAAUUGUAAAAGAAACAGCUCGCAUUCUCCCAAUUGUGCACUUUAAUACAAGAUAUAUUGAUAAACCUAGUGAAAUAGCAGGAUAUCAAUGGCCAGCUGACACAUUUUUUCUAAUUAAUGUUCAAACUAUUCAUAAUAAUGGUAAUUAUUGGGAGGAACCUAAUGAAUUUAACCCUGAUAGAUGGAUGAAUGAAAAUUUUGAACCAAAGAAAAAUUCUUUUAUCAUGUUUGGUAACGGAUUAAGAUUAUGUCCGGGAAGAAAGUUAGCAGUGAUUGAAUUAGUUUGUUUGAUGGUUUUAUUGUUUAGAAAAUAUGAAAUUAAUUUAGUAGAUAUGAAUUCUCCUAUUAAAACUAAGUGUAACGGUAUUUUAAUUUCUUGUGUCGAAUUAUUAGUUGAAAUUAAACCAAGAAAUUGA